AACAAAGAAACGGAUAAGAUUCCGGAAUCUUCAGUUUGACUGUCUUCCAUCUUAAACUAAAGCAGUUUAAGAAGAAAACAUCCAUCUGAAAGAAAUGAUUAUUGGUACCUGGAUUUGUUUAAAACAUAUAAGUGAUCUUCAGCUAGGGAUGUUAUAGGUAUCAAAACAAAAAAUUACUUGGAGCAGUGUGGGAUCUUCAUCUGAAACUUGUGAGGAACUUGUGGAGUGGGUUAGAGUUGGUUUUCUGGAGUCAUGUCAUGCUGUAGCCACGAGGCUCACCAACACGACGAUCCAGAACGAGGGAGGGAGUACAGCUUGUACACAAAGAUAGAUUUCAGAUUGGACUGUCUCAAUGAAACUAUAGAGGGGUCUGGAGCAAGCGUUUUUAAACCCUGGGAUUUGAGGAAGGAUAAAUCAAAGUUUGUAGAGAGUGAUUUGGACGAGGAGUUACUGUUCAACUUCUUUACUGGAAGUGUCAAGUUAAAAGGGAUUAUAGUUAUAGGUGGCGGUGGGGAGAGUGACCCUUCUCAUCUAAAAGUGUUUAAGAACGCAGUACCGGUUAGUUUUGAUGACGCUGGUAGACACGCUGAACAGGAGUUCGAUUUACAGCACGACAAGGACGGUGUAGUGGAGUACCAGACCAAGGUAGCAAGAUUCAACAACUGUGAGAGUUUGUCCCUCUAUUUUGACAAGAACUUUGGAGCAGAUGAAACUAAAAUCUGUUACAUCGGGCUGCGGGGUGACUUUUCGGAGGCUCAGAAACGUGGCGUUGUGAUAUGUACCUACGAAUCAUCCGCACAGCUCAAGGACCACAAAACUCCGGGGGCGUCAGACUAUUCGGCUCAUGGGGUUUCUUAGAAUUACAGUUUAGUGCCUAAUUAAGAGUUAAUUAGUGGCUAAUUAGUAGUUAAUUAAGAGUUAUUGUUUUCCUUCCGUAUAGAGACAGGCCCAGGUUGUCGGAUUCUUGCCUUGAAAUUUUAAAUUGCGAUGAAUUGUAUGAAAAGAUGAAAAUUUGGUGUACGUAACUAUUUCAUUAAAAUAUGUUUAUUUGAGUUUUGAUAUUUUGUAUGUAA